AUGAUCACCCCACAUAUCGAUAUUUUCAAUUACACAGGACGAAUAUCCGUAAACGGUGUUCAAGUUGGUGAAAAGAAACAUUCAGUGGAACAGGAAGAGGACGACGGAAAAGUGGCCAAAUCUGUUCUGCAAGGAAAACUCUCAGCACUCGCCAUCCAAAUCGGUUAUAUUGGUAAGUUGUUUCAAAAUGGCGCAUUCAAGCAGCUGUUUCAUUACGGAAGCAUCGAUACGCAUAAUUUAUUUGCAUGCAAUUGA